CGCCCGGGCUUGCCGUGUCCCGGUCUUCCAGGUCCGGGCCGCCCGGGCUUGCCGUGUCCCGGUCUUCCAGGUCCGGGCCGCCCGGGCUUGCCGUGUCCCGGUCUUCCAGGUCCGGGCCGCCCGGGCUUGCCGUGUCCCGGUCUUCCAGGUCCGGGCCGCCCGGGCUUGCCGUGUCCGGGUCUUCCAGGUCCGGGCCGCCCGGGCUUGCCGUGUCCGGGUCUUCCAGGUCCGGGCCGCCCGGGCUUGCCGUGUCCGGGUCUUCCAGGUCCGGGCCGCCCGGGCUUGCCGUGUCCGGGUCUUCCAGGUCCGGGCCGCCCGGGCUUGCCGUGUCCGGGUCUUCCAGGUCCGGGCCGCCCGGGCUUGCCGUGUCCGGGUCUUCCAGGUCCGGGCCGCCCGGGCUUGCCGUGUCCGGGUCUUCCAGGUCCGGGCCGCCCGGGCUUGCCGUGUCCGGGCCGCCCUGGCUUUCCGGGUCUUUCGGGUCUCCCGGGUCUUCCAGGUCUCCCAUGUCCGGGCCGCCCUGGCUUUCCGGGUCUUUCGGGUCUCCCGGGUCUUCCAGGUCUCCCAUGUCCGGGCCGCCCUGGCUUUCCGGGUCUUUCGGGUCUUCCAGGUCUCCCAUGUCCGGGCCGCCCUGGCUUUCCGGGUCUUUCGGGUCUCCCGGGUCUUCCAGGUCUCCCAUGUCCGGGCCGCCCUGGCUUUCCGGGUCUUUCGGGUCUCCCGGGUCUUCCAGGUCUCCCAUGUCCGGGCCGCCCUGGCUUUCCGGGUCUUUCGGGUCUCCCGGGUCUUCCUGGUCUCCCAGGUCCGGGCCGCCCUGGCUUUCCGGGUCUUUCGGGUCUCCCGGGUCUUCCUGGUCUCCCAGGUCCGGGCCGCCCUGGCUUUCCGGGUCUUUCGGGUCUCCCGGGUCUUCCUGGUCUUCCAGGUCCGGGCCGCCCGGGCUUGCCGUGUCCCGGUCUUCCAGGUCCGGGCCGCCCGGGCUUGCCGUGUCCGGGUCUUCCAGGUCCGGGCCGCCCGGGCUUGCCGUGUCCGGGUCUUCCAGGUCCGGGCCGCCCGGGCUUGCCGUGUCCGGGUCUUCCAGGUCCGGGCCGCCCGGGCUUGCCGUGUCCGGGUCUUCCAGGUCCGGGCCGCCCGGGCUUGCCGUGUCCCGGUCUUCCAGGUCCGGGUCUUCCGGGUCUCCCAUGUCCGGGCCGCCCUGGCUUUCCGGGUCUCCCGGGUCUCCCAUGUCCGGGCCGCCCUGGCUUUCCGGGUCUCCCGGGUCUCCCAUGUCCGGGCCGCCCUGGCUUUCCGGGUCUUUCGGGUCUCCCGGGUCUCCCAUGUCCGGGCCGCCCUGGCUUUCCGGGUCUUUCGGGUCUCCCGGGUCUUCCUGGUCUCCCAGGUCCGGGCCGCCCUGGCUUUCCGGGUCUUUCGGGUCUCCCGGGUCUUCCUGGUCUCCCAGGUCCGGGCCGCCCUGGCUUUCCGGGUCUUUCGGGUCUCCCGGGUCUUCCUGGUCUCCCAGGUCCGGGCCGCCCUGGCUUUCCGGGUCUUUCGGGUCUUCCUGGUCUCCCAGGUCCGGGCCGCCCUGGCUUUCCGGGUCUUUCGGGUCUUCCUGGUCUCCCAGGUCCGGGCCGCCCUGGCUUUCCGGGUCUCUCGGGUCUUCCUGGUCUCCCAGGUCCGGGCCGCCCUGGCUUUCCGGGUCUCUCGGGUCUUCCUGGUCUCCCAGGUCCGGGCCGCCCUGGCUUUCCGGGUCUCCCGGGUCUCCCGGGUCUCCCGGGUCUCCCAGGUCCGGGCCGCCCUGGCUUUCCGGGUCUUUCGGGUCUCCCGGGUCUCCCUGGUCUCCCAGGUCCGGGCCGCCCUGGCUUUCCGGGUCAAACGGGCCUUCCGGGCCGCCCUGGCUUUCCAGGUCUUUCGGGUCUCCCGGGUCUUCCUGGUCUCCCAGGUCCGGGCCGCCCUGGCUUUCCAGGUCUUUCGGGUCUCCCGGGUCUUCCUGGUCUCCCAGGUCCGGGCCGCCCUGGCUUUCCAGGUCUUUCGGGUCUCCCGGGUCUUCCUGGUCUCCCAGGUCCGGGCCGCCCUGGCUUUCCAGGUCUUUCGGGUCUCCCGGGUCUUCCUGGUCUCCCAGGUCCGGGCCGCCCUGGCUUUCCAGGUCUUUCGGGUCUCCCGGGUCUUCCUGGUCUCCCAGGUCCGGGCCGCCCUGGCUUUCCAGGUCUUUCGGGUCUCCCGGGUCUUCCUGGUCUCCCAGGUCCGGGCCGCCCUGGCUUUCCAGGUCUUUCGGGUCUCCCGGGUCUUCCUGGUCUCCCAGGUCCGGGCCGCCCUGGCUUUCCAGGUCUUUCGGGUCUCCCGGGUCUUCCUGGUCUCCCAGGGCCGGGCCGCCCUGGCUUUCCAGGUCUUUCGGGUCUCCCGGGUCUUCCUGGUCUCCCAGGGCCGGGCCGCCCUGGCUUUCCAGGUCUUUCGGGUCUCCCGGGUCUUCCUGGUCUCCCAGGUCCGGGCCGCCCUGGCUUUCCAGGUCUUUCGGGUCUCCCGGGUCUUCCUGGUCUCCCAGGUCCGGGCCGCCCUGGCUUUCCAGGUCUUUCGGGUCUCCCGGGUCUUCCUGGUCUCCCAGGUCCGGGCCGCCCUGGCUUUCCAGGUCUUUCGGGUCUCCCGGGUCUUCCUGGUCUCCCAGGUCCGGGCCGCCCUGGCUUUGCAGGUCUUUCGGGUCUCCCGGGUCUUCCUGGUCUCCCAGGUCCGGGCCGCCCUGGCUUUCCAGGUCUUUCGGGUCUCCCGGGUCUUCCUGGUCUCCCAGGUCCGGGCCGCCCUGGCUUUCCAGGUCUUUCGGGUCUCCCGGGUCUCCCAGGUCUUUCGGGUCUCCCGGGUCUUCCGGGUCUCCCAGGUCUUUCGGGUCUCCCG